AUGGACGGCGAUAUUGAUAUUGCGUCUUCGCAGAGCGAGGUGGGAGAGACGCCCCGUGACCCGUCGCCGAAGCAAUCGCAGCAAUCCGACGCCCACGAUGCCAGUGGCCCCGGCUCCGCCCUCAGCAUUCCUUUGACCGUGACCAACUCGCAGGAAUCCCACGUCACCAGCUCCUCGGUCCAUGCCAUGACACCCCCCGCCAGCGACAUCAGCAGCGUGACGGACGGUGCCGCGGCAUAUCUGGCACACGAUGCCUCUGCCGACAAGAACGACCAUCUUCUGCAGCUGUCCACCAUUGCCGCUGCCCAGGACAGAAUAUCGACCACUGGCGCAUCUAGGAAACGCAUGGCGGAUGGCGAGGUCAAGGCUGGCAUGAGCCCUGUCAAAGGACGUGGCCAUGCUAGAACCCUCAGCACCGUUAGCAUCACAUCCACCGGCAGCACCAUUGGAGAGCUGUCUGCCGAGCUCAAAACUCGUCUCUCUUAUGCCAUGGUCAAGGUAAACUUUGGCUGGCAAGGUCACUCCAUUGAAGAGGUGGAAUCAAUGGCCGCCUCCCAGGCUGUCUCUCCUGCUUCGGGCUCCUCCACCAUCAGACGACACAGUUCCUCGGCGAGUCCGCGUCUGGAUAUCACAGCUGCAUCCACUCAGGUCCAUCUUGCCCAGCAAGCUGGUAUUCGCCGCAAAUCCGAUUCUCCCAACUUGCUGUCUAACAAGCCCUCUCUUGCUCCUCCGGCUACCAUUCAGCCUUCCAUCUCUGCUGCACGCUCCAACCCACGCCGCAAUUCUAGCCCGCGAUAUACUCCCACUAUGCUCUCGCAUUCCCAUUCGGCGUCUCCUCACACUCCCGGCCAGCCAAUGCUAGUUGAGACUCAUCAAUCUUUGUCCCAGCCCGCGCGCAUGGCCGACCCAAUCCUAUUCCCGUCCCAUCAGAACGUCAGGGAGCAGGACGCCAUGGAGGCAUUGCUGUUCAUGAGCAGCCCCAACAACUCGGCCAACCUGAAGCAUACAUUCUCCCCCUCUGCGUCUCCUAAUCCUCAGUCCAACGCUUUCAGAAACGUCGCUGCAAGGCACGCAUUGCCUAGCGGGCCUAGGAAGGGUCUCCCGGGCCAUAGGCCAACAGCCAAUGCCCACCAGCGGCCUGGAUUCAACAAGUCUCCUGGAAUGAUGCACCCUCCUGGAUCGCCAAUGGAAGUAGAUUCUCCACAGCACCCAUAUUAUAGCCCGAAUGGAGCUACACCGAAAAGACGCCUCAAAGGGCCCAAUAGCCAUUUGAGAGGGGCUCUCUCGCUUCCUACCGGGCUCGGUGCCGGGCACAAUAGUGCUAGGAGGGUCUUGCGAGACGAAGAUAUCGAGAGAAUGCUCGACCGAGCCAGUGCUGAAGCGGCGGACUCUUCAGAUGAUGAAGAAAUUCAAAUCCCUCGCCUGCGAAAUGAUGUUGGCAUGAUGGGCGUCAGGGGAUGA